AUUCUUAGUUACAGGCCAGCCAGGGCUGUCUCAAACCAAAAACAACAGAAAUUUAACUUCACCGACAUUGUAGAGUCAAAUGAAAGUUUACUAGUUCCAAAUCAAACUGAAGCGAUUCAUGUUUAUUUGAGGACGUCCCUCCUACAUCAACCCAAUCUUCCUUCUUCAUCUUGUCCCUAAUUAACCUUCACUGUAGGCAUAUCUGACAACACUGCUUGCUUCCUAAAUAUGACAGUAAGAGGAACAGGUGCAACAUUAUUUAGAUGAGUGGUUUUUUUUCUUCGAAGCCUAAAUUUGCUCUGCAAACGGAUUUAAAAACAAAUCCUUCCAAAAGGUUGCUGCAAUUCUGAAAUCCAGGACAUGAGCCCUAAACCACCAACAUCUUUCAAAAGUUAGGUAAUGCAGUCUAUCCAUGGUUAGGAGGAACGAAUCAGGAACUCAAUUUAACUUUGCUUCAGAAGUAUCGCGACCAAGUACGUUUUACUUGAAACUAAUACCAAUUCUGUUCUCAGUCGUCUCGUAAACAUAACAAGGAAAGUCUGGGUUGGCUUUGGAUGGGUAAAGAGAGGGACUGAGGAAGGUCUAGUGAAGGGUACUGGCAAAGGAAAAUUCAGUUGAAUCACCAGGGAGAACUAAAAGGGAAUCCGAGUGAGUACAGCAGCAAUCUAGGUAAGCAGGCACUUAAGGGCUGGCGGGGGUUGAGGGGGAACGAAAAGUUCGCGGGUCGGUCACUGUGCCUGGUAGUGAGCGGCCCGACACCGAAGCGUGGCUGUCAGGGGGCAACUGCGCACCAAGUCGCGCGGGAGGGGGGCCAGACAGGCCAAAUCGGAAGGUGGGGGGGAGAUGGGAAGACGCUCAUCCCAAGACCCGCUCUCCAUCUCCAGGAAAACAAGCAAGAGCAAACUCUGUGCCCAGCAGCCCCACGCCGGACCCUAGCAGAGAGCAGCUGGGCCCCAAGCCCCGGAGGCGCCCCCGCAGACGCCAUACUAAAAGCCAAAAUGGCUGCCCCGAGGAAGCCCGCACCGCGUAGCCAGUGAAGGUUGGGGAACGAGCUUCGGUGGGAAAGGGGGAGGGGGCCCCGAGGCCAGCCGUCGCCGGGACCAUCACCGCCGAGCCGCACAGGUUCCAGUUAAAGCCAUCCCUUGCCAUAACUUUUGAGUUACAUUUGGAAAAACACUGGCCAGAAAAAAAUGAUAAAAUUUUUCCUUUUGGUGAACAAGCAAGGGCAGACCCGACUUUCUAAGUACUAUGAACACGUGGAGAUUAAUAAGCGCACACUUCUGGAAACAGAGGUCAUAAAGAGCUGCCUUUCUCGAUCCAAUGAACAAUGCUCUUUCAUCGAGUACAAGGAUUUCAAGCUGAUCUGUCGACAGUAUGCAGCUCUCUUCAUCGUGGUUGGAGUUAAUGACACAGAGAAUGAGAUGGCUAUUUACGAAUUCAUCCACAAUUUUGUGGAAGUUUUAGAUGAAUACUUCGGUCGAGUGACUGAACUUGAUAUAAUGUUUAAUUUGGAUAAAGUACACAUCAUUCUGGAUGAGAUGGUGUUAAAUGGCUGCAUUGUGGAAACUAACCGGGCAAGAAUUCUUGCCCCGCUGCUGACCCUUGAUAAGAUGUCGGAAAGCUGAGGGAAGACCCUGCCAGUCAGCACAGAUUUACAGAGCAAGGACCCUGGAGGGCAUCUCAGCGGCUGGGCCCAAAAGAACCUGGAAGACCAUACGUGGCAAGAAGGGGUAUCCUCCCAAACUCUGUAAACAGGUGUUUCCCACAGUUCUUAAAUGGAAAACAAAGCUAUUUUGAAAUAUGUACAAGAAAACCUCUCUUCACUAAGAAACAAGUUUUAUUUUCUCUGUAAGCAUAUUUUCCCCAUGUCUUUAAGUUUUGUUGAGAACCUAAGGAAUACUUUUUGGUCUCUGCUUCCUGUUGCAAAUUAAACUCAGGAAUAGCAGGAUGGAUGGUCUACAAGCCAUACCACCCAGAACCCUCUCCCCUCCCCCCGCAAUCGUCCGCUCUUGGAAGCCAUAAACAGGGUUGGUUUGGGUUUAGUACUUGGAUGGCAAGAAUGCAGGAUGAUGACAGAAAGAUACGUGGCAGAUGUCUAUCAGCCAAUAAAAAUUUUAAGUUGACUUAAAUA